GGCUUCUUUCAUUUGCGAGGGAAAAGAAGAGAGAUUGAGAUAUGGCGCGAGCUUUGUUUCACUGGAAAAGCACGAGCUUGAUGGCGUGCGCUAAAGAGAUCUCCCAUGAUACUAGUAAAGUUGAAAUUCCCGAUAAGACCCGGAACGCGAGUGUCCUGGUACUAGGUGGAACGGGUCGGGUUGGCGGCUCCACCGCCAUUGCUCUCUCCAAGCUCUGCCCUGACCUUCGACUUGUUAUUGGUGGUCGGAAUAGGGAAAAAGGUGCUGCGAUGGUGGCUAAAUUGGGGAAGAAUUCAGAUUUUGUUCAAGUCAAUAUUGACAGAGUAGACUCACUGGAAGCUGCUUUAAGUGAUGUGGAUCUUGUGGUUCAUACUGCAGGACCCUUCCAACAGGCAGAGAAAUGCAGUGUUCUUGAAGCUGCAAUAGAGACCAAGGUGAGGAAAGGACUGCCUCUUCUCUUCCAACAGACUGCAUAUGUUGAUGUUUGUGAUGAUACAACUUAUGCACUACGUGCGAAAUCAUUCAAAGAAAGAGCUUUAGCUGCUAAAGUUCCUGCCAUAACAACCGGUGGAAUCUAUCCAGGAUUAAGCAAUGUGAUGGCAGCAGAGCUGGUUCGUGUUGCUAGAACAGAAAGCAAAGGGAAGCCAGAGAGGCUGAGGUUCCAUUACUACACAGCAGGAACUGGUGGUGCUGGUCCAACCAUAUUAGCAACUAGUUUUUUGCUUCUUGGUGAGGAGGUUGUUGCGUAUAGUAAAGGAGAAAAGGUCAAACUAAAGCCAUAUAGUGGAAUGCUCAACAUUGAUUUUGGAAAAGGGAUUGGAAAAAGAGAUGUUUAUCUGUUGAACUUGCCAGAGGUACGAAGUGCUUACGAGGUCCUAGGGGUACCGACUAUCAGUGCUCGAUUUGGGACUGCACCAUUUUUCUGGAAUUGGGGAAUGGAAGCCAUGACAAAUCUUCUUCCUCCAGAAUAUCUAAGGGACAGAAGCAAAGUCCAACAAUUGGUUCAAUUGUUUGAUCCUUUAGUCCGAGCAGUUGAUGGAAUUGCUGGAGAGCGUGUAUCAAUGAGAGUUGAUCUGGAGUGCACAGAUGGCCGCAAUACAGUUGGCAUAUUUAGUCACAGGAGACUCUCUGUAUCUGUGGGGAAUGCAACAGCUGCUUUUGUUCUUGCAGUUCUUGAGGGAAGCACGCAGCCUGGGGUCUGGUUUCCAGAAGAGCCUGAAGGAAUUGCAAUUGAGGCGAGGGAAGUUCUUCUCCAACGUGCUGCAGAAGGAACAAUAAACUUUAUAAUGAACAAGCCACCUUGGAUGGUAGAAACUGAACCAAAAGAACUCGGAUUAGGAAUAUAUGUGUGAAAAUUCUUGGAAAGCUGUCCAACUUGAAGUUUUCUCAACUUUGUCGCUGUAGUACACUUUGAAUUUGGAAGGUGGCAGAAAUGACAGAGUGAUCCGAGCAUCUGAGAGCAUCCAAUUUAGAAUUAUAUAUAGAAACAAGGGCAAUUGUUCUUUGAGGACAAGGAGGAAAUGAUGUGCUAAUUUGAUUGAACUACUCAAUUCUCCAGAGAAAAUCGUCGAUUGCAUUGCACUUGCCAUCAUUUAAUGAUAAUAUUGAAGCGUUUAGGAAGGUCACCUACUUCAUGUUAAGUUAUGUUCUCUUGUGUCUUCAUGAGGAGUUGCAUUAAAUCUUUUUAAUAUUUCAGGGGCUUGUAGUUUUUAUUAAUGUAAAAUAUUACUUAAAUUACCUUAAUAUCUGUGUUAAUAGUGUUGAAUAAUUAAUUCUGUACUUUCAAUGA